CGAAGUCCCGUCCUCUGCGCUCCCUCGCUCCGGGUCCCCACGCCCGAUUCGCAGCCGCCGCUCCCAGCCACCGCGCCCCGCAGCCAUGUCCACCAGGUCCGUGUCCUCGUCGUCCUACCGCAGGAUGUUCGGCGGCCCGGGCAGCUCGAGCAGCCGGCCGAGCGCCAGCCGUAGCUACGUGACCACGUCCACCCGCACCUAUAGCUUGGGCAGCUCGCUGCGCCCCAGCACCAGCCGCAGCCUGUACGGCGCGUCCCCCGGCGGCGCGUACGCCACCCGCUCGUCCGCCGUGCGCCUGCGGAGCGCCGGGCCCGGGCUGCGGAUGCUGCACGACUCGGUGGACUUCUCGCUGGCCGAUGCCAUCAACACCGAGUUCAAGAACACGCGCACCAACGAGAAGGUGGAGCUGCAGGAGCUCAACGACCGCUUCGCCAACUACAUCGACAAGGUGCGCUUCCUGGAGCAGCAGAACAAGAUCCUGCUGGCCGAGCUCGAGCAGCUCAAGGGCCAGGGCAAGUCGCGCCUGGGGGACCUGUACGAGGAGGAGAUGCGGGAGCUGCGCCGGCAGGUGGACCAGCUCACCAACGACAAGGCCCGCGUGGAGGUGGAGCGCGACAACCUGAGCGAGGACAUCAUGCGGCUCCGGGAGAAGUUGCAGGAGGAGAUGAUGCAGAGAGAGGAAGCCGAGAGCAACCUGCAGUCCUUCAGACAGGACGUGGACAAUGCUUCUCUGGCACGUCUGGACCUUGAACGCAAAGUGGAAUCAUUGCAGGAAGAAAUCGCCUUCUUGAAGAAACUGCAUGAUGAAGAGAUCCAGGAACUGCAGGCGCAGAUUCAGGACCAGCAUGUGCAGAUCGACAUGGAUGUGUCCAAGCCUGACCUCACGGCAGCCCUGCGUGACGUGCGUCAGCAGUACGAGAGCGUGGCCGCCAAGAACCUGCAGGAGGCUGAGGAGUGGUACAAGUCCAAGUUUGCUGACCUCUCUGAGGCUGCCAACCGCAACAACGAUGCCCUGCGCCAGGCAAAGCAGGAGUCCAAUGAGUACAGGAGACAAGUGCAGUCCCUCACCUGCGAAGUGGAUGCUCUGAAAGGAACUAAUGAGAGUCUGGAACGUCAGAUGCGGGAAAUGGAAGAGAACUUUGCUAUGGAAGCUGCCAACUACCAAGACACUAUUGGCCGUCUGCAGGACGAGAUUCAGAACAUGAAGGAGGAGAUGGCUAGACACCUCCGUGAAUACCAGGACCUGCUGAAUGUUAAGAUGGCUCUUGACAUUGAGAUUGCCACCUACCGGAAGCUGCUGGAAGGCGAGGAGAGCAGGAUUGCUUUGCCUCUUCCCAGCUUUGCUUCCCUGAACCUGAGAGAAACCAAUCUGGAGUCCCUCCCUCUGGUGGACACACACUCCAAGAGAACACUUCUGAUUAAGACCGUUGAGACCCGAGAUGGACAGGUUAUCAACGAAACUUCCCAGCAUCAUGAUGACCUGGAGUGAAAAUCUCAGCCAUCUGGUGCAGCAGUUUCUUACCAGCAGAAUAAGAAAGAUCCAUAUCAUAAAGGAAACAGCUUUCCAAGUGCCUUUUCUGCAGUUUUUUAAGAGCGCAAGAUAGAUUUGGAAUAGGAAUAAGCUAGUACUUAAGAACCAACAUUUGUAAAAGAUGUAGACAAAAAGUUUACAACCUAAUCUAGUUUAUGAAGACAACUUGUGCUAGAAUACUUUUCUUAAAAAGUAUUUUUGAAUACCAUUAAAACUGCUUUUUUUCCGAACAACUCUGACCAACCUGUCUCUGAAUAAAUCUUUGGGAAACUCA